AACAGGAUGGCAACUUGGAAAUACUUUUUGAUCGGAUUGACGAUUCUUUCCUCAACAAUUGCCGAUGAAUCACUCGAUACAAGAGAAAAAUCAGAUCUCACAUUAAAAUGUCGAUUUACAGAUCAAUACGAUGCCAAUGAUUUUACAUUCUACUGGGCCAGAUGGACAGCGAAUCCAGCCUUAUUUGAAAAUGUAGCCAUUGGUGAAGUACAACUUAAUUCGGGAUAUAGGCUUGAUUUUCGUCCUAAAAGCGGCAUUUACGAUCUACAAAUUAAAAAUGCCUCCUACGCUCGCGACAAUGGCCGUUUCGAGUGUCGUAUUAAGGCCAAAGGCACAGGUGCCGAUGUGCAUCAGGAAUUUUACAAUUUAACUGUGCUUACGCCGCCACAUCCGCCUGUCAUAUCGCCUGGCAAUAUAGCCGUUGCCACCGAAGAUAAAACCAUGGAAUUGACAUGCAGUAGUAUUGGUGGUUCACCCGAUCCAACGAUAACCUGGUAUCGCGAAGGCAGCAAUACAAUGCUGCAAGCUGUUGUACUCAAAGGAGGCUCAAAGGAUCAACCCACCAAUGCAACGUUAACCAUUGUGCCACGUCGCGAGGACGAUGCUGCCAAAUACAAAUGUGUUGUUUGGAAUCGUGCCAUGAACGAGGGUGAACGUUUGGAAGCCACAGCCACGUUAAAUGUUAAUUAUUAUCCACGCGUUGAAGUUGGUCCCGAGAAUCCGCUGCGUGUCGAACGUGAUCGUAUUGCCAAUUUAGAAUGUAAUGUCGAUGCUAAGCCCAAGGUACCUAAUGUACGCUGGACACGCAAUGGACGAUUCAUUGGUUCGAGCCAUAACCACACCAUACAUCGUGUCAGCAUUCAGGAUGCCGGCAAAUACACAUGUUCGGCCGAUAACAAUUUGGGCAAGACGGGAGAACAGGAAUUGAUUUUGGAUAUUCUGUAUCCACCAACGGUAGUGAUUGAAACCAAAACAAAAGAGGCCGAAGAAGGCGAUACGGUCAAUAUUCGUUGUAAUGUUACAUCCAAUCCUGCCCCCAUUACAGUCGAAUGGUUGAAGGAGGGAGCCCCAGAAUUCCGUUAUUCGGGUGAAGUGUUGACCUUGUCUUCGGUACGAGCUGAAAACGCUGGCAAUUACAUCUGCCGAGCAGUGAAUAUAAUCCAAUCGUAUGGCCAAGAACGAUCUGAACGUGUUGGAAAUUCCACAGUGGCCUUAUUGGUACGUCAUCGACCUGGUCAGGCGUACAUUACACCCAACAAACCAAUUGUACAUGUCGGCAAUGGUGUGACAUUGACAUGUUCCGCCAAUCCUCCAGGUUGGCCAGUACCCCAGUAUCGUUGGUACCGUGACAUGGAUGGAGAAUUCACGACCGCUCAGAAUAUCUUGGCACAGGGGCCCCAAUACUCCAUACCGAAGGCACACUUGGGCAACGAGGGCAAAUACCACUGUCACGCCAUCAAUGAAUUGGGUAUGGGCACAAUGGCCACAAUUGUUUUGGAAAUCCAUCAACCACCACAAUUUUUGGCCAAAUUACAACAGCACAUGACUCGUCGUGUUGCCGAUACCGACUAUGCCGUUACCUGCAGUGCCAAAGGCAAGCCUGCUCCUACCGUUCGUUGGCUUAAGGAUGGUGUUGAAAUAUUGCCCGAACUCAAUCUGUAUGAAGUGAAAACUAAUCCCGAUCAAGGUCCCAAUGGCAUGGUUACGGUCCAAAGUAUGUUGAAAUUCCGUGGCAAGGCCCGUCCCAAUGGCAACCAGUUGGUGCCCGGCGACAGAGGUCUCUACACAUGUCUCUAUGAAAAUGAAGUGAAUUCUGCCAACUCAAGCAUGCAGUUGCGCAUCGAACAUGAACCGAUUGUGUUGCAUCAGUACAACAAAGUGGCCUACGACAUUCGUGAAACAGCCGAAGUGGUGUGUAAAGUACAGGCCUAUCCCAAACCAGAAUUCCAAUGGCAAUUUGGUAACAAUCCUUCCCCGUUGACCAUGUCUUCGGAUGGCCACUAUGAAAUCAAUACAUCUACCGAUAACAAUGACAUCUAUACAUCCGUCCUGCGCAUUAAUUCUCUGACACAUGCCGACUAUGGUGAAUAUACCUGCCGUGUUGUCAACUCGCUGAACACUAUUCGCGCACCCAUACGCCUGCAACAGAAGGGUGCACCCGAAAAACCCACCAACACCCGUGCCAUCGAUGUCGGCUCCAACUAUGUCACUCUGUCGUGGGAUCCAGGUUUUGAUGGUGGCAUUAGCAAUACAAAAUUCUUUGUGAGCUAUCGUCGGGUACCCAUGCCCAGGGAGGAACAACUAAUUCCAGACUGUGCCACAUUGGCGACUAGUAACACGGAAUGGAUGGAAUUUGACUGUCAUCGCGACAAUCCAUGCAAAGUUACACCUCUGGACCAACAUCAAAGUUAUGCCUUCAAAGUGAAUGCUCUCAACACCAAGGGUAACUCCCAGUACUCCAAUGAAAUUCUGACCACCACCAAAGUAAGCAAAAUUCCCCCGCCUCUACAUGUCACCUAUGAUCCCAAUUCCCGUACUUUGGGUAUUAAUGUGGGAGCCACUUGCCUGUCACUCAUCGCCGUGGUUGAGACAAUGAAGAACAGUGACACACCCAUGGCCGCUUGGGAGGUUAUUGAUCAAGUGAAUCUACAAUUGUCUGGCAACGGACCCACCUUCAAAGAGACAGUUCUUGAUCGCUUGGUUGCUCCUCGCCGCAGCAAUGCUGGUCGUGCCUUGGGUCACUCAAUAAACGGCGACGAGGAUGAGGACAUGAGCAUGAAUACAUUGGCCCUGGAAGAUGAUCACCAGCCCACCGUCCGUGUCAAGCUGUGUUUGCGUUCCAAUCACGAGCACUGUGGUGAUUAUACCGAUGCUGAAAUUGGCCGGUCCUAUAUUGCGGAAGCAUCCGCUUUGGCCACACCAACCUUAAUUGCCAUAAUUGUUUCGUGUAUCGUUUUCGCACUGUUCGUCGGUCUGUUGCUCAUGUUCUGCCGUUGCAAGCGCAAUCAAUCGAAAAAGAGUGCCGCGGCCAAAGAUUAUGAAAUGGAUUCGGUGCGGCCAUCAAUUGUGGCUGCCCAACAGAGCCAGGCACCGCCACCCUACUAUCCGGCAAGUGGGCUGGACAACAAGGCCCUGGAACAUUCCAUGGACCUGGCGCUCAGUAUGGAGGAGCAGAAGAGUGCCUUAUAUGCCACACAAAAUGGUUAUAGUUAUCAUCCGGGCAGUGGUGUUGUGGGCGGUGGUAUUGGAAUACCUGGCCAUACGAUACCUGGCAAUGAAUGGGUCAAUAUGGGUUACAUCGAGAAUAAUUACUCCAAUUCCAAUAAUGGUGGCAGCGUGAAUUCACAGGACUCAUUGUGGCAGGUGAAAAUGUCCGGCGCCGCAGGCAAUCAACCAAACAUGAUGCCAGUGUCGCACAAUAACUAUGUCGAACAGCAGCCCACCUAUGGCUAUGAUCCAUUGACGCAUGGCGGCUAUGGCGGUGUUGAUGAUUACGCUCCAUAUCCACAAUUGACAGCAACGCCCAGCCAACAUGGCGAUGAAUAUCACAAUUUACGUAACAGUCAGAACCCAUCGAGACAAGACUACUGUAGCGAUCCCUAUGCAUCGGUGCAAAAGCCCAAAAAGCGUGUUGACCAACAUUUAGAUUCACCAUAUCACGACGUAAGCGGUCUGCCAAAUCCAUAUAAUAUGGAACAUAUGGAACAAGAUGAAGUUAUAUCGCCACAACAGCACAUGUCUCUGAGUUACGAUGAUAGUUUUGAGGGUGAAUAUUCGUCCACACCGAAUUCACGGAAUCGUCGUGUUAUACGUGAAAUAAUUGUGUAAAU